CACUCUGGGACUGAAGAUUUGCGGAUAAAUAUUUAAUUUACAGGCUAAAUAAAAGUCAACUCUUCGGGUUAGGCUGGGCAGUACGCGAUAGCAAUCGGAUUUUAUUAAAAAGUAAUUAACAAAAAUUAUUUCCUCGAUCGCCUGAUUGGGGUUAAAGACAGAACGGCGUCGUGAGAGAUGGCGGAGAGACCCGAAGACCUGAACCUCCCCAACGCCGUUAUCACGCGGAUCAUCAAAGAGGCGCUACCCGAGGGAGUGAACGUGUCCAAGGAGGCGAGGAGGGCGAUCUCCCAGGCGGCCAGCGUGUUCGUCCUCUACGCCACCUCCUGUGCAAACAACUUUGCAAUGAAGGCUAAAAGGAAGACACUAAAUGCAGGGGAUGUGAUGGCAGCCAUGGAGGAGAUGGAGUUUGAGCGCUUCAUUCAGCCACUUCAGGAGGCUCUGGAAGCAUACAAGAAGGGCCAAAGGGGAAAGAAGGAAGCCUCUGAGCAGAAGCGCAAGGACAGAGAAAAGAAAGCAGAUGAUGAAAAUGACAGGAGCAAGGAGGACAAUGAAGAGCAUAUGGAUGAAGAACAGGAUGAUGGAGAAGCAGAAGAGGAAGUGGAGAACUGAACAAUGCUUUCCUUGGCCUGUUGACAUCAUGACCUACAACUGUCAGUCCUAAGGAGACUGCCCCUUGACUGAUUAACUUGAACAGUGCCCACAUUGUUCAGGUACAGAAACUUUUAGAAUGUGAAAAUGAGGGCUUUGUAUACUACAGGAAUGAUGGGAGACUUACUGUUGGAAAAGCUGUUGAUGUAGAUGAAAAGCUUAAGGCCCUCAUACCCUCUCCUUGGACAGGUGGUUUGUGAAAAUGGCAGUUAACCUGCUCUGCUAUAGCUAUCAUUUUCACCGAGGGGAAAAACAAACUAGAAUUUAUAAUCUUAAUGGGGGUUUGUUUCAGUCCAUCCCUGAAUGGACAGUGCCCUCUUCCCCUAGUUUGUAUUUGCUUUGAAUAGAACCAUUUGUUACUUUUGUAAAUAAAGUAAUUUACAGCUUUAAUUGGUCAGUGUUGGAUGGAUGACAACUUCUGGACCUUAACUGCCCUAAUCCAGUGCAUGGCUAGUUUAUACACAUAGUAUACCACAUGUGUACAGCAGUUACAAUUAUGACUAGCUCCCAUGGGCCAUGCUGUGAGACCACCACAUAGACAGACAUACAACCAAGAGGUAGCAUCAUAGCAGGACUUUACUCCAGGCA